AUGAGUCGAUUUGAUUUGUUCUUUGUGGUGCUGGAUGAGUGCAAUGAGGCUACUGAUACGCGGUUGGCUAAUCAUAUUGUCAAUUUGCAUAUGAAUCGCGAUAUGGCGGUUGAGCCGGAGUUUAGCACCGAGCAGUUGCAAAGGUAUAUCAGGUUUGCGAGGACGUUUCGGCCGGAGUUCACACCUGAGGCGAAGGGGCUGUUGGUGGAGAAGUAUAAGGAGUUGAGGGCCGAUGACGCGCAGGGAGGUGUGGGGAGGAACAGUUAUAGGAUUACGGUGAGGCAGUUGGAGAGUAUGAUUCGUCUGAGUGAGGCGAUUGCGAAGGCGAAUUGUGUGGAUGAUGUUACGGAGAGUUUUGUGAGGGAGGCGGCGGGGCUGUUGAAGAGCAGUAUUGUUGGUGUGGAGAGGGAUGAUGUGGAGGUUGAUGAGGAAGAGGAUGAAGAUGUGGGGAUCGCUGGGAGGAGAGGAGGGGGGAGGAUCGAGAUGGGGACUCGCCAAUGGGUGAUGGGGAGGGGAGUGAUGGAGAAGAUGAGAGCGAUGAAGACGGGGCGGAAGACGAAGAUCACAUAUGACAAGUACAUGGCGAUCUUGAAUCUGCUUGUCAGAAGGGUGAAUGAGGAUGAGAUGACUAGCGGUCAGGGGGUGGAGCAUGAGGAGUUGGUGACUUGGUACAUGGAGCAGAAAGAGGAGGAGCUUGAGACUGUGGAACAAUUGGAGCAGGAGAGGGAGCUGGCCAAGAAAGUCCUUCGAAGAAUGGUCAAGGACAAUGUCUUUAUGCCUGUGCGUGGUGAGGGGCUAGAUGGUGAUGAGGGCAGCUCGAGGGAAGCUGAAAAGGUGAUUUAUGUAUUGCAUCCUAAUUGCGCUGUGGAAGAGAUGUGA